AUGAGUCUUCAACGCCAAGAGGGAGCUUCUGGCCCCUUGGUUAGGGUCGAGGUUCCAGAGUCCCAGGGUCAAGGCUACGGCCGCCUCCCAAGGAUGUGCGUCCCUGCAAGAGGCUGCAUCCAGCAGUCAUGGAAGAGGCUCCGCUGGGGCCUGCUCCAAUCCCUGCUGGGGAAAGCAAGUGGAGGCCUAGCCCAGGGUUCCAGCCAGAGGCCCCCACUGGGCAGCACCUGGCGCCGCCCCGCCCCUCCAGGCCUGGCACUCGCCCUCAACAAAUAUGGCGCGGACAACCUCACGCUCGUCACGCAACUCGACCGCAAGACUGCUCCCGCGCCGCUCUUUUCCCCGCAGACGGAGGCCGAGACGGGGAGCGGGAAGCCUGACCUGGGGGACGGCGGUGGCCUGCGCGGCUCUCGGGCCGCUGUUGUGUGCCUGCACACUGGCGCUGCCGGGCGGGAUGCUGUAGCCCCCGGGGAGCCCGUCGUGGGAGCGCAGGGAGCUGGACGGCCUCUGGAGCUUCCGCGCCGACUUCUCCGACAACCGACGCCGGGACUUGGAGCAGAGGUACCGACGACCGUUGCGGGUGGCGCCCGGAAGCCCGGCGGUGGGAAUGGGGUAAGCCCAGGCGCCCUGCAGCCUCCUUCACCUGAGCGCCCGGAGCCGGGGACCCGGAGGAGGUUAAAGUUGGGCCCCACCUUGGACAUGCUGGUUCCCUCCAGCUUCAACGACAUCGGCCAGGGCUGGCGGCUGCGGCAUUUUGUCAGCUGGGUGUGGUAUGAAUGGGAGGUGACCCUGCUGGAGCGAUGGAUCCAGGACCUGCGCACAGGAGUGGUGCUGAGGAUUGGCAGUGCCAUCCUCCAUGCCAUCGUGGAAAUCCUGCAUGGGCAUAAAACUGAAGUAAAUGGAUUGGAUGGAAUUGGAAUCAAGAGUGACUCCUGGAUUUACAUAACAGG